AUGACCGAAUCAUUGAAAGAAAAAUAUAACCGCUCAAGAGAACUCGGCUAUCGACCAAGUAGAUCUCCUUUAUACCCCAAAAUAGAUUUUGAAAGGAAUAAACAAAGCUAUCUGAAUGCUGAGUUAAGUCGAUUCGCGUCAAACGAAACUAAACGUACGCUGAGCGCAGAAUUAAAAAGAGAUUUUUUAAAAAAAGCUAUAGAUAGACCACAAUUACGGCAUCAUGCAAGGAAUCCACCGCUAGACAGAUCGAAAUGGUACAAUGGCUCUCCAAUCAAAUCAUUAAGCUCACAGUUCACACCAUCAAAAGUUAAGCCCAAUAGCUUAUACAAGCUCUUAAAUACAACACCUCGCUCAAAGCGAAGUGUAUUAACUAACAGAAAUGGCAGAAAAUAUACCUCCAAGAGUCCUUUACCAACCGAGAGGAAAGGACUUUUCAAUAAAUUGCGGAAUUACUUAACGAAGUUCAGCUUGAAUAAAAUUGAAAUGGACGACUCCAGCUUAAAUCAGCUCAAGAAUUCUGCGCAGAAUGUUUUGAAGACCGAAUUUGAUCCAAAAAUUCGAAAAAAGGUUACAUUCGAUAGCGAUAUAGGACUGCGUGAACCAGACCUUGAUAAUGACUUUGUUGACGAUGUGAUAAGAAAGAAAGAGAGUCAAAAUUAUUCUUCUGCAAUGAGCACUCGUUUGACAACGUUACAGGAUGUGGUAUUUAGAGAAAAAUCAAAGAAUGAAGCUUUACAAAGAAAGUUUGAGCAACAGAUAAGUGAUUUGGAGGAUAAGUACAAAGUUCAGAUAGAUUCUUUACGUAAAGUGAUUGAAAGGUUGAAAGAUGAAUCAGCAUCCAUGAAGGACAACCUUGAGCAAUCAAUUCGUUUGGAUUUUGAGGAAGCCCUUUUCCAAAAGCAUGAGCUAUCUUUGAUCGAGCAAAAAAGGAAGGAAAGGGAACUUCAAAAUGUUAAAGACCAGCUCUCUCAUGAAAAGGAGCUCUUGGCAAAUCAACGUAUUGAAGUGGAACAAAAAUUGCAAGAUAUGGUAAACUUCAGUUAUUUUCAAGACGCGAGACGUCAAUUGGAAUCAGUUCGGAACCGCUUUGCAAAAAAGAGACAGAUGCUAUUACAAAAAAGGGUAAGACUUGGUGUGGCCAAAAAAGAAAAUGAAGAUGAUUUCAUUGAUAGCUUCAAAAAAUCACCAUGGCAUAUCUCUUUAAGAGCCAAUAGGAGUCUGGGUCAAAAGUACAAAAGAAUAAAAGAAAAGUUGGAUGAAUAUUCACGUCUUCUUAUUGCCACAGGUAAUUCUUCGGAACUUGAAGUGGCAGAGAUCCAGUCUUUGGUUUACAAACUAAGAGAAAAUUUAACUUCUUCUGAAACCAGGAAACAACACAACAUUCAAUUGCUUGACUCACAAAUCUCAAGCUUCAAGUCUCAGAUGAAGACCAAUAAGGAUGUCGAUCUUGAUAGGGUUUAUCAAUGCUUCGAAAAGAAACAAUCACUUUUGGAUGAAUUAGACCUAAUAGCAAGUCUAUUAGUUGACAUUAACUCUAUUUUAAAACAACUAAGUGACAUAGAAAUCGAGAGCUCCUUCAAAAGUCUAGGCGUAGACUUAACUUCUCUGACUUUGAAGCAGACGCUCGCAUGUAUUUAA